UCACUUACAACAUUUUCCACUGAACACAAAGUGUGGGAGUGUGUAUAUAUGUAUGUAUACACAUACUCCAUCAUGCACACUGACUUUCCCUCUUGUUUUUUCCCCGGGGCUGAAGCACAAGGGGUUCAGUGUCCGUUAUUCUGUGGACUGAUAGAAACACCGGGACUGUGAGGGAAGGCUUGGGACUGUGCUGGUAGAGCACUGAGGAUUGGGAGUUGGUAUAGCAGCAGCAUCAUAGCCAGGAACAGGCUACUCCACGAGGGAGGCGGUACGAGAGUCUCACUCACAAAUCCAAGUCCACUGACUACCUAAGCCCGGAUAAUCCCUAGUCUUUUGUUCUAUAAAAUAGGGUUUUGUCCAAAAGUCAUUCUCUGAAGUCAAGGCCGGGUGAACAGGUUGUCCACUGACUGGAGUUGAUCUAGUCUGUUUGUUUCCAGUCACACACCAUAGGCAAGGGUUAAUAUCUGCACUUCAGGCUCGUGACUGGACUCUUGAAAACCUCUCCGGAUGUGUGAGCUGGCCCGGGUGCAGAGGGCAGGAACGUUCAGGCCGGUUGACUUUCCCCCUGGCUGGCUAAGGCUCCACUUUCCCAUACAUCAUACUUGACACCUAUUAACUGCUCUCUUCACAGGUGUCCUCAGGUCACUCUAGUCAAUUACAGGCUUUCUUGGCAAAUUGAAUUCAGCUUCAGAUUUUUGAUCUGUGCCCCUGUGAGGUUGAGGACUGGUCCUUGACGGUGUCCCAGGCCUGAUACCUGUAUAUGCUAGUGACAGCUGUGGGCAGGUUAUCUACCUGUGAUGUACACCUGGGUGUGACAAGAAAGGACAAGAAGGGACGGACACCUGCUUCAGCUGUAACAUUGGUUAUUUUGUAAGAAUGGGAAUGUGGCUUAGCUCAGCCAUGUGCCGACUGCUAUGUUUGUGUGUGUCAUGCGUUCUGUGCAUCUCUUCCCAAAGCCAGCAGUAUGAGGCUGGUGGAGAAAGCAGCGGUGGUAACAUCUUCAUGGGGUCACUGUUCAAUCAUGAGUCAUUACCAACUGGCCAGGUAAGAUCAGACAGCACAGGUGAUAAGUGUAGCUUCACUUUCCUCGUCCCCCAGGCUCAGAUUCAGGGAGCUGGGUGCCUGGUGGGACAGAGUAAGGACCCCAAAAUGAGCAUGACAAGGAUGCAUGAGGACAUAAUUGAGGUGGAGUCUCGCAUGAUUGCCAGGGAUGCUAACACCCGGAGAGAAAUGAGAGAACUGCUGCGUCAAGUUCAAAUGCAACGGGCCAGAAAGGGACCAGGUGAAGCUUCACGGUCUAUAGACCAACUCGCCACAAGGGUGGCAUCCAUGGACAGUCAGAUUCUGAAACUGGAGACAACAAUGUCUCAGUUAAUUGAUCAGGUAACACAGCUGGAGGAGAAGGUACUCUCUGCUGAAUCUGCCAAACACCAGAUCGGACAGUACGUCAAGCAAGGAACCUGUCCCCCAGAUUUUGAACGCUUCAACAACAGCUGUUAUGCUUACUACCGUGACAAACAGACAUGGUAUAAAUCCCAGGACUUCUGUCAGGAGCUAGGUGGACAUCUUGUUUCCAUAGAAACAGACGGUGAACAGGAGUUUAUCAAGGAUUACCUAAAACGCAAAGGUGUUCGUCGAGACUCCUUUUGGGUGUACGCCGGUGGUAAUGACCUUGACAAUGACCGGGAAUGGACGUGGAUCGGGUCAAAUCACGUGAUCCGUCACCCGGAUUUCUGGUACAGCGAUGUCACUCCUGCUCCGGACACAGGCUUCGUCUGCAUGUUCCUCUACCUUUGGGACCCCAACAAUUAUGCAAAAUGGACCAAGGAUAGAUGUGACUUUCAAAUGCCCUCCAUCUGUGAGAUACCAUUGGUUCACAACUCUCUGUAGAAGACAGUGACCUUUCACUACUGUGUUUAUGAACAACCUAGGCCUUUGACACCUGACAUGGAGAUGAUGCAAUGUGUGUGUCACAGUUUAAGCUCUUCCUGAACAAUGGACUGAUAAGCAGUUAUUUAACACAAUCAAAUUGAUUUGAUUUCUAGGAGAAAACAGUAUCUUUUGAAGAGAUAUUGAAUUGUAUGGAUAAAUACUUAAGCUAGAACAGUAAUGCGUUCAAUGAGUUAUCUGGGCCAUGGGUCACCAAACAUUACAGCUGAAUGGUAUCUGGGACAUGGGUCACCAAACAUUAGACCUGAAUGGUAUCUGGCCCAUGGGUCACCAAACAUUACAGCUGAAUGGCAUCUGGCCCAUGGGUCACCAAACAUUAGACCUGAAUGGUAUCUGGCCCAUGGGUCACCAAACAUUAGACCUGAAUGGUAUCUAGCCCUUGAGUCACCAAACAUUAGACCUGAAUGGUAUCUGGCCCAUGGGUCACCAAACAUUAGACCUGAAUGGUAUCUGGCCCAUGGGUCACCAAACAUUAGACCUGAAUGAUAUCUGGCCCACGGGUCACCAAACAUUACAGCUGAAUGGUAUCUGGCCCAUGGGUCACCAAACAUUACAGCUGAAUGGUAUCUGGCCCUUGGGUCACCAAACAUUAGACCUGAAUGGUAUCUAGCCCAUGAGUCACCAAACAUUAGACCUGAAUGGUAUCUGGCCCAUGGGUCACCAAACAUUAGACCUGAAUGGUAUCUGGCCCAUGGGUCACCAAACAUUAGACCUGAAUGAUAUCUGGCCCACGGGUCACCAAACAUUACAGCUGAAUGGUAUCUGGCCCAUGGGUCACCAAACAUUACAGCUGAAUGGUAUCUGGCCCUUGGGUCACCAAACAUUACAUUAACUAAUACAUAUGAUUAUUUUCCUCUGGCCCAUGGGUCACCAAACACUACAGCUGAAUGGUAUCUGGCCCAUGGGUCACCAAACAUUACAGCUGAAUGGUAUCUGGCCCAUGGGUCACCAAACAUUACAGCUGAAUGGUAUCUGGCCCAUGGGUCACCAAACAUUACAGCUGAAUGGUAUCUGGCCCAUGGGUCACCAAACAUUACAUUAACUAAUACAUAUGAUUAUUUUCCUCCAAUAUUUUAUGACCAAACAAUACUUUUGUUUCAGUACAAGAAUCACAUUAAUGAUGAUAUCUUCACUGCUAUGGGCAGAUCACACAGUAGGCCUUUCACAUUGGAAUUUAUCCUUCAUUUUCAAUUUAAAAUAACUGCCUAUAGAAUGUUGAGAGCGUUGAUUUACCCAUGAUUGCUGUCGAAAAUGCCUUGUCUUUACUGGCUAACUUGAACACUAUUGGUCUAUCUGUGGGAAUGCUAACAAAAUAAAGCAACCUGCAAAUUUUUAUGAAAACUCUGGCGUGGAUAAGAAUAUGUUAUAUCCAAUGUAUUUGGGAGGGUUAAUUUUGUUCACCUUAAGAUCUAUGUUAUGACUAACUCUGAUCUGUAAACUUGGUCAACCUGCCCUUUAAUAAGCACUAGCACAUUUUCUAAGUUGUCUUAAAAGCACUUAAACCAGAGACUGUAACAUCUAUCAAAAGCACUUUUACUAAAUUUUGAUUAAACCAAACACGUAUAAAGCUGUAAAGUUAUACUAACUUUCACAUGCAAUUUUUUUUCUUGAAAAAACUAAAUUAUCAGAGUAUUUAGAGCAGACCAGUUCGUGAGUAUGUUGUUACUCUAUUACCUAUGUUUACUUAUUCAUGAGCUGUCAAACAAUGGCUUAGCAGGGAUUCAGAGGGUAAACCAACUCUACUCUGACUGGAGCUAUUUCACCUAGAUUUAGAAGCAAGAGUGGUAGUGUUUUUUUUUGGUGGGGGGGGGGGGG